GAAGAUGAGAUAUUGGUCCCCCGGUCUCGCAGAAAAACAGGGGGGUCGUGGUUUUAGCGUUUUGACUGAUUUGAGUAUCAAGCAUGGUGUCGUCGUCUUCGGCUCUGUCAAGGCUGUCCAGUAUCAGCCGACACUUCAAUCCCUCCCACGCAAGCAAGGAUGAUGAUGUUGUGGCCUCCAUCAAGAUUUCUUUAGAGGUCUCCGAAGCUUUGUCAAAUGGGCGUGCCGUCGUUGCUCUCGAGUCCACCAUCAUCUCCCACGGGAUGCCGUAUCCCAAGAAUUUGGAGACUGCAAAGGAGGUUGAGGCCGUAGUGAGGGAAAAUGGGGCUGUUCCUGCCACCAUUGCUAUCUUGGAUGGCACACCUUGCGUAGGUCUAACUAUAAAAGAACUGGAGAAGCUUGCCAAACUGGGUCCAAGAGCUCAGAAGACAGCUCGAAGAGACAUUGCACAUGUUGUGGCAACCAGAGGGAACGGUGCGACUACUGUUUCUGCAACAAUGAUUUUUGCUCAUAUGGUCGGCAUCCCAUUGUUUGUGACUGGGGGAAUUGGAGGAGUACAUCAACAUGGCGAGAAUACCAUGGACAUAUCUUCUGAUCUGACUGAGCUUGGAAGGACACCUGUUGCUGUCAUCUCUGCUGGUGUAAAAUCAAUUUUGGAUAUUCCAAGGACCCUUGAAUAUUUGGAAACACAGGGAGUUUGUGUUGCUGCUUACAAGACCAAUGAAUUUCCAGCAUUUUUCACAGAAGCAAGUGGAUGCAAGGUGCCUUGCCGUGUUGAUACCCUAGAUGAUUGUGCUCGGCUUAUAGAUGCAAACCUAAAACUUCAGCUUGGAACUGGAAUGUUGAUUGCUGUUCCAAUUCCUAAAGAACACUCGGCUUCGGGAAGUUUAAUCGAGUCUGCAAUACAGACAGCCCUUAGAGAAGCUAGGGAUAAGAACAUAACAGGCAAUGCUGCAACUCCAUUCUUGCUUGCAAGAGUAAAUGAACUAACUGGAGGAGCAUCUUUGACUUCAAACAUUGCGCUAGUGAAGAAUAAUGCACUUGUUGGUGCUAAAAUCGCUGUAGCACUUUCCCAGAUCAGAGAAUGUUGUAGAAAAGGUGGGUUGUACGUAAGUUUUGGUACUGCCUGUACAUGCACUUUUGUGUAAAAAAUUUACCAAUUGAUACACAGACUUGUCAUCGUUUUAUUUGGAUGGAUCUUACCUACUGUUAAGUGGUUUCUGUGACUUUUUUAUGUUUUAUUUUUCAGUGAGGCUUUACAGGGGACCAAUCAUGCUCUGGUGAUGCAUUGGUUUCCAAAUUGCUUUACAGGGCAAAGCAACUUGGAAUGCUUAUGCGUCACCCUAAAGCAUGAUUUUUUAUAUGAAUAAUAAUAACAUGAUCAGUAGAGUGAAAGCAUGAGAAUAGAUGUGGAUUGCAUAUGGCUGCAUAGAUGGGUUCCAUUUACGUAUUCAUCAGCCAGUUGCUUGGGGAAGUUAUUCAUAUAAUUGUAUGUCUCAUUCUGCUAGGGAUGUGUAGUAGCUACUGGUUAGCAAGCCAGAUAUCUAGUACUAAAAUCAAAAUGGAGCUUUUGAGAGUAGCCUUUGUGUAUCUUUUGGUGUUCCUAAGGCCACAUAAAAAAUUGGGUCACAGACAUAACUCUUCAUUUUGCCAUUCUUUAUUAUCUUGACAAUUUUCUUGUCGGUGCAUUUUUAGUUUAUAGUAAACGUCUCCUUAGAACCUGCAAAUUCAGAAAACGAAUAAUAUUCAGUUGUUUACGAAUGAGGUAUUGAUGAUAGAACUCUGUCAUCAUUCUGAUUAUAGACAUGAGAAUUAGAUAGAACGAGCAAGUCAGCAACUGGUUUCCGAACUAUUUGAAUUUACUUGUACAGUUAAGUUGCCUUUUUCAUUCACUUAUAAAUGACUGCUGGUUUUACUUUUGACAGGUGGUUUUGAGUAAGCAACUAGCCGCCAAAGUAUUCGAUCCAUCCAUAUUUGGGGGUUGAUGUUUCUCCUUUUCUUUUGCUAUCACGAUGCUGUAUGCCUUUUAUUACUGGAUCACAUUCUGUACAAUGUUUUUGACUUUGAAA